AUGGAUACAGCGCGAGCGCAAGUCUCCAAGAGCUCGGAACGGAGCAUAGGACAGACCCAUGGUGAACCGGGCACCAAAGUCACAUUACCCACAGGUGAGAAUAUCUCGAAGUAUCAGCAGUUACGAAGAGUCCACAUCCCCGGAUUUCCCGCAACCACAGAGCGUUUGCCCGAGGGUAUCGAGACUGAAGAUAUCAUCAAGCAAUGGCCGAAUCAUCUGUGGGGACCGCUUCUACUGCAGGUUAUAGCUCAUUGGAGCCCAAAACAAAUCAGCAAUCUAAGCGGAGGGAGACUUAAGCCCAAUUCCAUAGUGAAACGAGUCAAGGCUGCCAGAAUCCAAGCGGGCGAUACCCAAGGACAGGCCAAGUCUCCCAAGAAGGGAGGGAAAAACUCUCGCAAGCGCAAGAGGGAUACGGAUGCACCUCCCCGCAUCCGUGAGGAGGCACUCAACACAGAGCAGCUUGACGUCGAGUCAGAGGCUAGCCGUCAAUUCCGCAUCAGUCAAAUGGAGAUAGAAGACGCAGUGAAAGCGAAGGACCCAAAUUAUGAGCUGCGUCAGAUUGGUCUCAAGAAAAUGCCCCGGCUGGAUCGCAUCUUGAUAGAUCAGGCUUUCGAAGAGCGAAAAGUCGACGUGAAAUCACGGUAA